GCUCCACCGGCCCCUCCUCCCUGUCGGCUCGGCCCGGCCCGGGAACGCAGCCCGCUCGGCGCGGGGCCUGGGGCGCUGACACCGCCGGGGCUGGGCUCGCGACCGUCAGGGGAGCCCGCGCCCCGCUCUCGAGGGCCCCGACGGGCGGGCACGCUCCUCGGGGCCUUUGGCCGCGGACCCUCGUCCCCCUUGGCAGCGUCGCCAUGUCCUCGGUGUUCGGGAAACCCCGCGCAGGCAGCGGGCCGCAGGGCGCGCCCCUCGAGGUCAACCUAGCCAUCCUGGGGCGCCGCGGGGUGGGCAAGUCCGCCCUGACCGUGAAGUUUCUUACCAGAAGGUUUAUCAGUGAAUAUGACCCCAACUUGGAGGACACUUACAGCUCCGAGGAGAUUGUGGACCACCAGCCCGUCCACCUGAGGGUCAUGGACACUGCAGACCCGGACACCCCCAGGAACUGUGAGCGCUACCUAAACUGGGCACAUGCCUUCCUGGUGGUGUACAGCGUCGACAGCCGCCAGAGCUUUGAGGGCAGCAGCAGCUACCUAGAGCUGCUCGCUUCGCAUGCGAAGGAGACGCAGCGUGGGCCCCCUGCUCUGCUGCUGGGCAACAAGCUGGACAUGGCCCAGUACAGGCAAGUCACUGAGGCCGAGGGCGUGGCCUUGGCGGGCAGGUUUGGGUGCUUGUUUUUUGAGGUCUCUGCCUGCCUGGACUUCGAGCACGUGCAGCAUGUCUUCCAUGAGGCCGUGCGGGAGGCACGCCGGGAGCUGGAGAAGAACUCCCUCGCCCGUCCUUUCUUCGUCUCCGAGGAAAGGGCCCUGCCCCACCAGGCCCCACUCACCGCCCGGCACGGGCUGGCCAGCUGCACCUUCAACACUCUUUCCACUGUGAGCCUGAAGGAGAUGCCCGCUGUGGCCCAGGCCAAGCUGGUCACUGUGAAGUCAUCCCGGGCCCAGAGCAAGCGCAAGGCGCCCACCUUGACCCUGUUGAAAGGCUUCAAGAUCUUCUGAGGCCCAACGUAGGAUCCCAGGCUGGGCAGCUGGGCAGGGCUGCAGCACAGGGGUGGCUUCUGGCCACCAGCUUUCCCUCUGAUGGAACAGUACCCCUGCAGUCUGGAAGGUGGACCCCCCUUCUAGCACCAAACUGUGCCCCCAACACCCAGCGAACUGUGCAAGGGAUGGGGACAGGCAAGAGUGCACUCCGGGCCUUGGUUUCCAUGGUAACCACUGCAUUCCCAACCCUGAAGGGAAACAGCCGCAGCUAAACCCAGAGAACUGGGGUCAGCCUGAGGUGGAAGGAGACUGCAGUGUGGGGCCGUCACCCUUCCUGCUCCAGCGAGGCCAGGCCCGACGGACAGCCCUGGUGGACAGCUCUGGGUGGACAGCACCCGAGGUCCUGCCUCUGUGCAGGCCUGGGAAUGCCCUGCAGUUGCACCAGCUCUGAGGUCCUGGCACCACCUGGCAGACAGGAAGGGCAGGGUGGCUGCAGGUUUCGGAAGGCUGGAGCCUGGCCCUCCCCUUGUCUUCUGACCUCACAGAAGCCCCAGGCCACUAACCCCACAGUUUAUCCAAGUAAAAUCUAGUUUAACUAACCUAUGGGACAGGCUGUGAAAAGCACCGAGUCCCAGGAAGCCCUUUGCCUCUCGAUGAGGGGAGAAGGAAGGGGGCUGUGGGUUGUCCAGUGUAGGGAGGCUCUAACAUUUUUCAUCAGGAGGCAGGGCCCUCUUAUUCCUGCCCUUAAAUUAAGGGUUAUGUGCAUAGACCCCCAAGACCAGCCUCUUCAAGUUUAAUGAUCAGAUCUGCAGAAUAAGGUCAUUCUCUCCGGUGACCGUCACCCAGGACUUCAGGAAGCCCAGUUGGUGGUAUCAGACACCCAGUGGGCAGCAUUGGCCUGCCCCUGGCUCAUAGGCAGAAGCACAGUACACUAGUUUGUAGUCUGGCCCAGCAGGACCCUGUACCUUUGGCAGUGGGUCUCAGUGUUUAAAGUCCACUUUUGUAAGAUAGAACCUGAAGCAUUAUUGGUUCUUACAGUGAAUUUUUACAUAACUUAUUUGGAGUUGCACCACAGCUUAUACCAAAACACUGUGGCUCAGACAUGGGAUCAAGACACUCCCUUGGGAUCCCAUGGUUAUCAAGACAAGGGCCUCAGAGGCAGGGAGGCCUUGUUUUUUAACUGUUUACUACAGGGCCCCUGACUCAAAGGGAGUCUCUCACAGACCCUCAGGAGAAGCAGGUAAAGGAGAGGGAUCUGGUGGGAGGAAGGGAUGGGAUGGGGAUUCUGAGCCCAGAAUCCUGCUCCUUCCCCUCUGGGAAGUUCAAGGAGCUUGGAUUGAAAACAGCCGUAACCCAGCCUUCAUGUCCACUCUGUGGAUGGAGAAGCUGAGGUCAGAGGGACGCUCCAGACCUCCACACCGCAUGAGGAGUCCCAGCAGGCUUCCCGACCCCCAGGCCGGCUCUGGAUUCUGUGCUUUUGCUCCAAGCUGUUUGUGUGUGGACCACCACCAUUUGAACAAAUAUGCAAUUUCAACCUCGCACUUACCAAACCAUUUUAAUAAAAAGGU